CGCCGACGCCGGCGCCAGCAACGACAUCGCGGCGGACGACGGCGCCGGCGCGGCCGCCACCGACCGGCCCAGCACAGCAGCCUGUGGUAUCUACAAAAACCAGCGGAGCGGCCCAGACGACUACAUCUUGGGCGGAAAAAUGGCCGGUGUUGGAGAGUUUCCACACAUGGCGGCGCUGGGCUACAACCUACCGGACACGGAGGGCCUCAGCUGGCUGUGCGGAGGGUCCCUCAUCAGCGACCAGUUCGUCCUCACCGCGGCCCACUGCUGCGCCAACAGGAUCACGGGCAGACCGGUGAGCGUGCGGCUCGGGACGCUGAGUCCCAGCUCGGGGGCGGCCGGCGACUCCGACUACGGCGUCUCGCGGGUCAUCCUGCACCCCGGCUACAGCAGGCGCCAGCGCUACCACGACAUUGCGCUGCUGGAGCUGGACAGGAGGGUGGACCUGGGCGGCUCCGUCUUCCCCGCCUGCCUGGACACGAGCCCCGCAGAUGGCGCCGACUUCCUCGCCACAGGCUGGGGGGCCACGAACGCUGCCGGAACGCGAGCCAGCUCGGUGCUUAUGAAGACUACAAUAUCUCCAUUUCCAUUAUCAGACUGCCAAAACGCUUACAAGGAUAGAUUCCCAAGAGGACUGAAUUCGUCGGUAAUUUGUGCCGGAGAUCCGCAAGGAAAAACGGAUACCUGUGUUGGCGACUCCGGCGGUCCUCUGGUGAGGGGAAACAAAGCGCCCUACGUUGUGGUCGGAAUCACCAGCUUAGGGCCAAAGCCGUGUGGCGGCUUUGUGCCCAGUAUCUACACGCGCGUCUCCACCUACGUGGGCUGGCUGGAAAAACUCGUCUGGCCCUAAAGGCGAACGGCUGACAGCACAGCUAUCUCAGGGAUACUCAAGAACUAUCUUUAUGGCAAUUAGCACACAACUGUAACCAAAAACGUACUGUGAUUAAUGUGAGUCUCGUAGUGGACGCAUCACUGAUCAAUGAACAGCAUGCGACAAAUGAAGUUCACACACUCAUACGCGUACACACACACACACACACACACACACACACACACACACACACACACACACACACACACAAAUACACAUCCACACGCACACGUAAGCGCACUCAUCCCCAACCAUAAAAUACAUUAAAACUCAAGCAGCAAUUAUUAUUGACGAAGUAGCUACGUAACAUAGCUACAUGGUUUUCGUGUAAACUGAAGCUAGUCAUUUUUGUAAAAGGACUGUAAUUUAUUAUCCAAGAGCUGUGAUAUAUAUUUAUAAGUAAUGUUACUCUCUGGAAACCAGUAUAAAGGAAAGGAGAAAAAUAUUAAUCUAUUAGUUCUUUGUGUCAUUAAAAUCCCCCACGGUGACUGUGACCGCAAAUUCACUCUCGGAGUAACUCUCAAGCAACACUGUAUUUUAUUUCCU